AUGAUACGUCUCCUUAAACCGCCCCUCGUCUCUCCUCUUCGUCCCUUUCGCAUUCUACUGCUCUCGACAGCAGCGGAGGAAGGAGGGAUCCAGAUAGGAUAGCGUCCGAGUAGGCUUUGGAUUGAGGAUUCAUUGCAGGAAGAGGAGGAACAAUGGUUUCCUGUUCCCCACCCGUUCGGUUCAUCUUCAAGGCUCCCGACCAUGGUAUUUUUCUGCCUAUGGCGUCGCUCGACUCCGGCCUCUGCGUCUCUUCUCGAAGCCCUAUGGUUUCCCGCAUUUCUACCCGUCAUCCGUUUGAUUCUGCAUGGAUUGGAAUCCGGAGGUCGCAUCUUCCAUAUCGAGCUCUCAUGGGAGGUUUUGUUUGUAAAAAAGGAGACGGUGAUAGUGGUAAUUGGAGUAGUGAACAGAGAGAUGGAUCAUUUCCAUCUGCCUCAUCAGAAGAAAGUGAUAUCCAACUUCCAACUCAAGCCCAAUCUCUUGUUGAAGGUUCAGCCACAGCUGCUGUAUCAGAGUACAAGUCAAUUCCAGACAUUGAUUAUCUAAUGGAACUUUUGACCAUCCAACAGCAAGGACCUAGAUCAAUCGGGUUCUUUGGGACACGGAACAUGGGAUUCAUGCAUCAGCAACUUAUUGAGAUUCUCAGCUAUGCAAUGGUUAUUACUAAGAACCAUAUUGUUACUUCAGGAGCCUCUGGGACUAAUGCAGCAGUUAUUAGGGGUGCUUUAAGAGCAGAGAAGCCAGAGUUGCUCACUGUGAUCUUACCCCAGAGCCUAAAAAUGCAACCACCUGAGAGUCAGGAGUUAUUAUCUAAGGUUCAACAUCUGAUUGAGAUGCCUAAAAAUGAUAAUUUGCCAUUACUGGAAGCUAGCAGGCUGUGCAAUAUGGAUAUUUUGUCGAAGGUACAACAAGUCAUAUGCUUUGCUUUCCAUGACAGCAGAUUACUCCUGGAGACUUGCCAAGAAGCCAGGAAGCUUCGAAAACUAGUGACUCUAUUUUAUCUUGAUUGAUCUCCAUGCUUGGUUACAAGUGAUUUCAUGUAUAUAUUUUCUGUAAGAUGGGAGAUCAGGUUCAUUCGAUUCUUCCCUUUUGCCUUCUCACCUUCGUGGAUAGGUAAUUGGUUUUUCUUUCUGUUUUUAUAUAUUUCGGAUAAACAGAAUCAUUAUCAAUUUCUUCAUUCAGUAGAAUAAAUGAUUUGUUAAUUACUA